CAUUUUUUCGAAACUAUUCCUUAAGUCUCUCUCUCCGGUUUACUGUUUUCUCGUGUCUUUGACGCAUACGGGUUGUCCGAUUUCCGACCGACGGAGAAGGUUCACAGGAGUGUGGUUCUCCCGUAAAGGCAGAAUUUUGCGGGCUAGGGUUUUCAGGAUUCUGUUCCAUCUAGCUGUUUGAAUUGUUGGGUUUUCUUGAAUUUUCAGGGUUUUUAGGCUUCGGGAGAGGAAUGUUCUAUUCGCAGUUCAUAUUAGCCAAGAAAGGGCCACUGGGAACAAUAUGGAUCGCAGCCCAUUUGGAGAGGAAGCUCCGAAAGAAUCAGGUUGCUGAUACUGAUAUCGGGGUCUCUGUUGAUUCUAUUCUCUUUCCCGAUGUUCCUAUCGCAUUGCGGUUGUCAAGCCAUCUUCUGCUUGGUGUGGUGAGAAUCUACUCGAAAAAGGUGAAUUACCUUUUCGAUGAUUGCAGUGAGGCAUUGCUUAAGGUAAAGCAAGCUUUUCGCUCUACUGCGGUUGAUCUACCACCAGAAGAAUCCAAAGCACCGUAUCACUCUAUUACUUUGCCAGAGACAUUUGAUCUUGAUGAUUUUGAGCUUCCAGACGACGAAAUCUUUCAGGGAAAUUAUGUCGAUCAUCAUGUUAGUACAAGGGAGCAGAUCACCCUUCAGGAUACCAUGGAUGGUGUUGUGUACUCAGCAUCACAAUUUGGAUUAGAUGAGCGGUUUGGUGAUGGUGACACUUCUCAAGCUGGUUUGGAUCUAGAUGAGGAAGUAUUUCACCAUAAGGAUGUUGCUACUGCUGAGGAUGUAGGAGUUUCAGGUGCUGAUCUUGAUGUUUGUUUGGAUGCUUCAACACCUGAGAUAAAGGAGUCAAUUCCAGAAACCGAUGAAGCCAUGCUGCAGAAUCUCAAUGAAGAUCAGGUUGAAGACCUUAUCGUGCACAAUGAGUUACAUGAAUAUGCUCAAGCUCCACAAACUCCUGGAUUAGUUGAAGUGCCAAACCUGUCUAGUGCCAGAGAGGAGCCAGCAUAUGAUGAUCACAUGGAAGUAGAAGAUCAGAAUGCGUCAGAUGUUGCAGAAGAAGGUAGGAAGGCAAUCAGGAAGCUAGACGUUUGUCAGAUGCAUAGCUGUACGGAUGAACUGUCUUCUGAACAUGAUAUUGGUCAGAAAUCAGAUGUGAAUAUGCUACCUGAUGAGACUAGCGACCCAGACAGGCAGAUCGUGCGUCAGGGAGAAUCAACUGUCGCAGUCACGGUUGGGGAUAAGUCGCAAAUAGAUGGGAAAGCCAAUGGGCAAAAUGAGCCAGUGAUGGCAGAGCACGUACGGGCUGAAUCUCCUUGUUGUUCUCACAUCACCACUGAGAUGGAGGAUCCAGGUCAAGUAAUGACUGUACCAGGAGCCAGUAAGGAUGAUGGUAUGAUUGAGAAGUCAGAAGCUGUUGAGCAUCAGUCAUCUCAGGAUCCAACAGAUCUUGGAGUAGAGACUCGAGGUGAGUGUGGUAUCGCAGCUGAGGCAAAUCAAGAAACAGAUUUUAGUUUACGAGGCGAUGCGCAGGCUGACAGCAGUAGACCAGAUGGGCAGCUGGAAAAUGUGCACACAGCUGAUACACAGUUGGGAAAUGUGAUUGGGUCUGCUGAUUCUGAUUUGCCUGCUCCUGAAAAGGUACUAUCCGUACCUGAUGGACUCGCAGACAAGGAAGAUGAUUUCAUGAUUGAAACUACGCCAGACAAAGAGGAUGCAGACACUACUAAUAAAGAUCAUGGAACUAAAAACAUUACUGGGAGAAAACGUACUUUCACUGAGAGCACCUUAACUGCAGAAAGUUUGAACUCUGUUGAAUCAGUUGGGCUGAUCCACUCUAGGAGAACUGCAGAUUCUGUUCCUGAUGACGAUGAUUUGUUAUCUUCUAUUUUAGUUGGGAGGUCAUCUUUUCUGAAGAUGAAGUCCACCCCUGUGCUUGAAGUAGCAUCUUCAAACAAACGGUUACGGUCUGCACCCCGUUCUGCCUCGAAGAGGAAGGUUCUUAUGGAUGACCCCAUGGUCUUACACGGCGAUGUUAUACGCCAACAAUUGACAAACACUGAAGAUAUACGCCGUGUACGAAAGAAAGCACCAUGCACCCAUGCUGAAAUCUUAAUGCUUCAUAGGCAGUUUUUGGAGGAUGAACUCUUUAAGGAGCCAAUAUUCACUGGUUUGUCAGUGGAACUGGUAUCUCUGCACAAUGAGCCAUAUGAUCUGAGAGGAAUCAGGGUAAUUGGAAAUAAUGACCCCCAUGCUUCUACUGGAGUGAUGAAAGAUGAUGAGUGUUCAGUUAGAUCUGAUGUUGUGGAAGAAGAUAGAGUUAAGGAAAGCUCUGUCCCAACAGUUUCCAGAAACGAUUCUGUGGAGCAGCCUGCUCAAGGUCAUAUGUACGAGCAGGACCAGCAAAAUAAAGAUCUGCAAGGGGAAACAAAAGUUGAUAAUGAGCUUGUAGGGGAUAAACCGGAGGUGGAAGUUGACGGAGAGGGCAAUGGGGAUGCUGAUGAAGUAAACAUAUCAGCUAGUCAUGGAACAUAUGAAAUGGAAACUGGCAAAAAGAUCUAUAGUGCAGAGGAUUUACAAGGAGAUGGAUCUCGUGAAAAUCAUGAGGAAUUGCUGGAUGGUCAAGUUGCUGAGGAUGUAUUCCCUCUUGAUACUAGCAAUAAAAGUUGUGCAAAUCCCAUUGAACUUGCCGAAGGAAAUGUAGAGAACAUGGUUAUGAGUGAGAUGGACUUGAAAGCUGAAGAUGAACUUUUACAGGAUGAAACAAAGAUGGAUGUGUCGCCUGGUCUUAGUGAGAUUGAGAAAGAAGGCCCUGUUCUGUGUGAUGAUGCAAUUGAUUGCCUUGAAACUGGCUUCAUAGAAGCUGGUGGUUCUGGUAACCCAGCUAUGGAGAAUGGUAGUGAUGCAGUUGGGGUUGGAAAUAUUGAUGGGGUCCAAACUGCAGAGAUAGAGUCUGAUAACAAAGACCCAGCAGUGUCCAAUGAUGUAUCUAAUGAGGAAGCUGACGUGCAAAAUGCAGCAGGUCUAGGAGCUGCUUCUCGAGAUGGUCUUACAGGAGAUAAUGCUCAGGAGAUGGAAACCACUGGAUUCGAACAUGACACAGGAUUCUUGAAUGUGGAUGAUGAUGACGAGGGCGGUGAAAAUGACGAUGAAGAUGGCACGCAGUAUGUUGAUGAGACUCGUGUUCUUGAGAAUAGUGGAUGGUCUUCUCGCACCAGGGCCGUGGCCAAGUACCUGCAGACUUUGUUCGAUAAAGAAGCUGAGUGUGGAAAGAAUGUUCUUUUGGUGGACAAUCUGUUAACGGGAAAAACACGUAAAGAAGCUUCAAGGAUGUUUUUCGAAACACUGGUUCUGAAAACAAAGGACUACAUCCAAGUUGAACAAGCAAAGCCCUUUGACAGCAUCAAGGUAAAGCCUCGAGCUAAGCUCAUGAAAUCCAUCUUCUGAGUAUCGUUGCCAUCAACUGGGGAAGCUUGUCCUGUCCCAGUAAGAUAUUCGUAUAGGUCCAGUUAGGUAGUCUACACCCCGAAGACCCGUCCCCGUUAUUGUUACUGAAGAAAGUCAUCAUUGUAUCUUGACCUUCCCCCCUUAAGUUAUACUCUCCUUGUAGGUCUUUCAGUAUAAGUGUAGUGUGUCAAAAGUUGGGUCCGAGAGAAACUGAGUUUGUUGUGUUUAUUUAAUCAUAUCUAUAUAUGUGGGUGUUGUUUUGUACAUAUAUUUAUAUACAUAUUGGUGUAACAUAAAUGACCAUUUGAUAUUUGAUGAUGA